AUGGUGGAAGAAGAUGCGACUGUGGGAACGUUUUCAUCCAGGGGUGCCGUCGAUCCAGGUAAUUUCGUAUCUGAAAUAGACGCUACAGUCCAGAUUGGAGAAAAAUUAGGAGUUGUUUUUGGGAAUCAUGAUCAGUUGGUUAGAGAGACCGUAAUUGUUGAAGAAAUGAAGCGGAGUGAUAUGGCUGAUUUUGAUUUAUCUAAAUUAUGGGGGAAUAGGGAUUUUGGUUCAGAUUUUGUGGGAUCGAUCGGUCAGUCAGGCGGGUUACUGUGCAUGUGGGACUCUAGGAGUUUUGAGUACAGUGGGUCUGUAAGAAAAAGGAACUUUAUUAUCAUUAAAGGCAGAUUGAAGGGGUUUAAUGAAUCAUUGUGUGUGGUUAAUGUUUAUGCUCCACAAAGUAUAAGGGCUAAACAGGAGCUUUGGUAUGAGAUCAAUGUGGAGAUGGCGUUAGAGGAGGGCAUUUGGUUAGCUGCGGGUGAUUUUAAUGCGGUUUGGUAUCGGGAAGAAAGAAGGAACAGUGACUUUAAACCGGCGUGCGCGAGGAAUUUUAAUAGUUUUAUUCACAAUUUGGGUCUUAUAGAGUACAAUAUGGUGGGGAAUCAGUUCACUUGCAUUAGAGAUAAUGGCAGAAAGCACAGUAAGAUCGAUAGGGUUUUGGUGUCUCCUAACCUUUUUAACAAGUGGCCGGAGGCGUCCAUUAGAGCUCUGCAUAAUCUUCACUUGGAUCAUACACAAUUAUUAUUAUCUUUAAGUUCCUUGAAUUUUGGACACAAACCGUUUAGGCUCUUUAACUCUUGGCUAAAGAAAGAUGGGUUUGAUGAUGUUGUGAGAUUGGCGGCGGCCAAUUUCAGCUUUGAGGGGGAGCCGGAUAUGUUGUUAAAUAAGAAACUUGCAUUCAUUCGAUCGAACAUCAAGUCUUGGACGGUUGAAAUGAUAAAGAAAGAAGGUGAGGAAGAAAGGAGGGUUAGGGAUGAGCUGGAGAUAUUAGAAGAAGUCAUGGAAAGCAGAAGCUUAUCGGAAGAAGAGGAGUGGAUUUAUGAAGAAAGUAACAAAGUUCUUAAGGAGUUGAGUUUUAGCAAAGGGGAAGACCUUAGACAAAGAUCAAGAAUCAAAUGGGCGAUUGAUGGAGAUGAGAACUCGAAGUAUUUUUACCGUGUUAUCAAUAAGAGAAGAGCCUUGAAUUCUAUCCUGGGGUUAAGUAUUAAUGGCAGUUGGGUGACAACUCCGUCUAAGGUCAAAAAGGAGGUUAUGUCGUUUUUAAGAAAAAAAUGUUGA